AUGUUUAACUUUGCCAGCGUCAAUAAAAGAAGCAACAUUUAUACGGUACAAAUUUCUGGAACUUGCAUUCUUCUUCUUCUUCUUCUUCUUCUUCUUCUUCUUCUUCUUCUUCUACUACUACUACUACUACUACUACUAUUCUUCUCUUCUAUUUAUUCUUCGUCUUCGCCUCCUCCUCUUUCUUCUUCUUCUCUUCUUUCUUCUUCGUAUCCUUCUGCUUCCUCUUCUCAUCUUCCUUCUUCUCCUUGCUUUUUCAUCAUCAUCUUUUCUUCUUCUUCUUCUACUACUACUUCUCCGCUUCUUUUUCCUUCUUUUCUUCUAUUUUUUCUUCCUCCUCCUUCUUCCAUUUUUCUUCGUCUUCUUCUCCUAAUACUCCUCUUCCUUCUCCUUUAUUUCUUCUUCUCUGCUUUUUCUCUUCUCCUCCUCAUCCUCCUUUUUUCUCUCCACCCUCUUUUCUUCCUCUCCCUUCUUCUCCUACUACUCCUCUUCCUUCUCCUUUAUUUCUUCUUCUCUGCUUUUUCUCUUCUCCUCCUCAUUUUCCUUUUUUCUCCUUUUUCUUCCUCUUCCUUCUUCUCCUACUACUCCUCUUCCUUCUCCUUUAUUUCUUCUUCUCUGCUUUUUCGCUUCUCCUCCUCAUCCUCCUUUUUCUCUCCGCCCUCUUCUUUCUUCUUCUUCUUCUUCUCCCUACUACUCCUCUUCCUUCUCCUUUAUUUCUUCUUCUCUGCUUUUUCUCUUCUCCUCCUCAUUUUCCUUUUUUUCUCUCCGCCCUCUUCUCUUCCUUCUUCUCCUACUACUCCUCUUCCUUCUCUGCUUUUUCUCUUCUCCUCCUCAUCCUCCUUUUUUUCUCCCCGUCCUCUUCUCCUCCUCUUCCUUCUUUUCCUACUACUCCUCUUCCUUCUCCUUUCUUCUGCUUUUCUCCCUCCUCCUCAUCCUCCUUUUUUUUUCUCCCCGUCCUCUUCUCCUCCUCUUUUCUUCUUUUCCUACUACUCCUCUUCCUUUCUCCUUUCUUCUCUGCUUUUCUCUUCUCCUCCUCAUCCUCCUUUUUUUCUCCCCGUCCUCUUCUCCUCCUCUUUCUUCUUUUCCUACUACUCCUCUUCCUUCUCCUUUCUUCUCUGCUUUUUCUCUUCUCCUCCUCAUCCUCCUUUUUUUCUCCCCGUCCUCUUCUCCUCCUCUUUCUUCUUUUCCUACUACUCCUCUUCCUUCUCCUUUCUUCUCUGCUUUUUCUCUUCUCCUCCUCAUCCUCUUUUUUUUCUCCCCGUCCUCUUCUCCUCCUCUUCCUUCUUCUAUUCUACUUCUUCUACUUUUCUUCAAGAGACUUUUCUCAAAGUCUAUUUAUAA